AUGAAAAUUAUGAUGAUACCUACCCAUCACCAGACUUAUAACAUCAAUACACACCAACCUCCACAGCAACACCAAUAUUUACCACCACCAGGAACACUGUAUACAUCUCCACGAGCACCACAAUCCAUUCAGUUACCUCCCAUUCAAUCAUUUACUAAAUCGCAGGCAGUAUUUCCUCAAUCGGUACGCGACUCCGCUCCUGCUGCAAAUUUCAAUCGAUACGGGUCAGAUUCAGCAGGGAUAUAUACAAUAUACUCCUCAGUUUCACCAGAAAACUUGCCCCAAAAUACAGGACAAUUUCAAUUAAACCAACAAUUUAUAAAUUCUCCACAUUUUUUGGCAGAGCCUGUCAGAAACGUACCAAACUUUACAUUUCCUGCCACGACUCCCACAAUUUCUAAAACUGAAAAGGUAAUUAAUUUCAAUUCACCAAUGAUGGAUAAGAAGAUUAUGAAAAAUGGGCCAGGCAAACUGCAAUACAAGAAACAAACCUCUAAAGUUAAGAAGAAUGAUAAUAAACUGUUCAAGGUUACCUCGAAACCAAAAACCAAGAAGCCAAAACGCAACCAUUCUUUGAUACCAAAUAAUUCAAUAAACUUCCCUAUCCAAAUAGUAUCACCUAAUGAUAUUUUAUCUGUUGAAAACAACAGCUUUCUUAACACAGUUAUAUAUCCAAAUAUUGAAAUCAAAAAGUAUUCAACGUCUGCUAUUGAUCCUCAGAGAAAUUAUUUGACGGCAUACGAAUAUCCUUUGAACAAUCAUUGGGUCAUUUGGGAUUACGAGACAGGCUGGGUACAUUUAACAGGUAUUUGGAAAGCAUCAUUGACCAUAGAUGGAUCAAAUGUUAGCCCUUCUCACUUAAAAGCAGAUAUCGUCAAAUUGUUGGAAUCAACACCAAAAGAGUACCAGCAAUACAUUAAGCGGAUAAGGGGUGGAUUCUUAAAAAUUCAAGGAACCUGGUUACCAUACAAGUUGUGUAAGAUUCUUGCUAGACGGUUCUGUUAUUAUUUGAGGUACAGCUUAAUUCCUAUAUUUGGGACUGACUUUCCUGAUUCUUGUUUAAAACCAAAUGAAAAAGGAUAUGGCGAAUUAAAGUUGGACGAUUUGGAUAGUUUUGAAAAAAGAGACUUGCCUGCACCAAUACCACCAGUAUCACCUCCAAUUGAACAAAUGGUGCAACAGCCCCAACAACAACACCACCAAUUCAAACAAAAUGAUAAGGCAGCUGCUAUUUCUUCAUUUCAGCAAAUGGGCUCUUUAUUACCUUUGCCACAGAACUAUGAUAAUUCAGCUGCAGCAAUGAACUCGGAAAACUGUCUUACAUCCAAUACUCCUGAAACACCAAUUGUUCAUCACUUUUCUGAUACAGCCAGUACCAGAAGCACGUCAUCAUCAUCGUCGUCGUCAUCAUUAUCGAUUAUGUCGGGAGGAAGGACAGCUUCAAAUGCGUCUGAAAGAGAGUCAUUGGAAAUUCCGUCAUUCAAUGAAAUGAUUGAUAUUGUGAAUGCUUCAAAAUGCUUGCAAACAUUGAGUCAGAAAGCACAGAGUCCUCGUAGUGUACCCAUGGAUCAACCAAAUAGUGCUCAACAAUUGUCCAAAAAUCAAGAUAUGGGAAUAUCAGCAAUCUUAGUGGCAGCUGGUAUAAACUCUACUCUGAAUCAAAGCAGCAAUGUUUCUGGGCUGUCUCAACCUAUCAAUAAGGGGUCUAUGCCAAUUAGUGAUAUGCUAACAUGA